CGAUUUGUUUUGAUCGGCAAACGUUUGCUGGUCGACAAGUGGCGAUCACUUAUCAUCACUUCNCUAAGAAGAAGCACGUUACCCGCGAGGUGGUCGACAAUUACGAGUUUCCCGAGGAGAAUCAGGAGAUUGUUCAGGUUCUUCGUGGCUGUGGCAAUAAUUUGCAUGAAGUAGUCACCGCCACCGGUGAACAGUACCUCGUGUCGAUGCCCACCAAAUUCAGACGAUCUAUCUGGAUAAAGAGAGGGGACUACUGCGUGGUGACGCCAAUCGAAGAGGGCAACAAAGUGCGAGCCGAAAUUACGACCAUUCUACUGAAGGAGCAGAUUCGCUACUUCAAAGAGCACAAUCGGUGGCCGAAGGAGUUUAAGGACGACCACCUGGAGAUGACGAGGCCAGAAGAUGACGCCAAAAUAGGAGAUAACUCUGCCGAAGAGGAGGAAGAGGAAGAGGAGGACAGUGAUUCAGAUCUCGAGGAUGAUCUUGUGCCGAAUACGAAUCGAGUUUACUUUGACGAAUCGUCAGAAGAAGAAGAAGAUGAAGAGGACGAGGAAGAUUCUGAGGAUGAAGAGGAUGAAGAGGAGGAAAAAGUUGAAGAUAAACCCGAUCAACAGGACCAAAAGAAGAAGCAGAAGGAAACCCUAGAUACCUAG